AAGCCUUUUAUAGCAUUUGUAUGGCACUAACCUUACUUAUGUCACAGCUUUGUAAUAAAUAAAUAGACUUGAUCAGUGAUUUGCUUUGGCUAGGAAGAUUUGCAUAAUGCAGGGAAACACAUGCAGCCAAAAGCUAAAUGUGCUGUUGUUCAAUAGAUCUUAUUCAAAGACAGAAGCAGAAUAAAAUGUUUGUCAGGCACAAUUUGAAUUUGGGGCACUUUGCAGGUAUCUGCCUGGAAGGUCAAGAUGGCAUGUGUUUAAAGACAGUUGGGUGGAGUGCAACACAGAACAAAAGGCUAAAGUCUUUUUUAGGGACGUCCCGAGCCGAUCGCAAAGAUCAGGAUGGGGGGCCGAUGAAAAAAAUGAAACUGACAGUUGAUGGAGUUAACGGAUGCUCCGGCCAAGCAGUCUAAUUUACAUCAUUUGAGAUGCAUAGUCAUUUCAGGACGGAAGUGCAUUUUCAGAUUUUAACUGAAGAUUAUGAGGGUACAUGAAUUUUAAAAAGAAAAUGACCCACAUUGAUAAGCUAUUUACUAUAAACGCUGCAAUAUUUCAGGAAAAAAUAAGAAUUGUCAUUUUUUAUUUCACUGGGACUUUAAUACCAAACCCUCAAAAAAGUGGAUGGAUUAUAGCGAGUUCACUCAGCUCUGUGAUGCUGUGAUAGAGAAUGUAGGUUAGCAUCUGAUUUUUUCCUUCAUACAGCGCUCUACCGGAGCUUUACAACAAACUUAAUGAAACAGAUGAGAUAUGCUUCUUUUCCUUUAUUUCAAAGUGAAAGUUCAAAGAGAUACAUACAGUAUAUGUGAGUGAAUACCAGAGAGUGAACUUGCAGUAUUGUGUUGAAUGUUUUAGUUUAGAGGCAGUGUCAAAUUAAGCUCUGUUUAAUGAGGACAAACUAUGCAUUUAAACUAUACUUCAUUAAAAAUGUUAAUGUUUAAUCUAAUCCUGCUAUUUGAAUUAGGCUAGUUGAAAAAUACUAAAUCUGUCAUUAUAAUGUUUGCAACAAUAUGUUAGGUUAUCAUUUAUAGUAUGCUGAACUGUUAAACAGUAAUAUUUUAAAAACCUUAAUAUACCUGGAACAUGCACCUAUAUAGCACAAAGAAAACACCUAUCGGAUAGGGACUUGGAUCGGCAGAUACUCCAAAUAAAAUGACUCGGAUCGGGGGCACAAAAAGUGUGAUCGGGACAUCCCCAAUUUUAACUUAUCUAAAAUUUUCAAUUUUUUGAAAUACGGAAAAAAAUUGUCAAAUUACAGCAAAAGACUGCAAACGUGUAAUCUUUUGAUUUUUUUACAGUGAGCAACAGCACUCUUUUAUACAGUUGAAAUUACAAUAUAGAAAAAAUUACCACAGAAAGACAUUACUGUAUAAAAUAAAUCAUUUUUUUGUUUUUAUCUGUAUAUCUUUACAGUUCUAUUUAAUUGUACGUCAAAAAUCUGUAAAAAAUAACAGUACAAUUCAGUAAACAUUUUUUUAACAGUGUACCUGAAGAUAAAUGCACAUGAAUUUUGUUUUACAGGAAUUAAUGCCAUAUUGGAAUCUCACUGUCACAGUGUUGCGAGGGAAAAUAAGUAGCUCACGUGACCUCUUGUCUAAGUGUGACUGCUACAUCCUCUUGAAAUUACCCACGGCCUGCGCCUGCUGUCAUCGAACAAAGACUGUCAGAAACAACAAUGCACCUGAAUGGAAUGAAACCUUCGGUUUCAGAGUACACAGUGGUGUCAAGAAUAUUCUGGAAUUGUACAUAUAUGAUGAUGACCGCUUUACAAGAGAUGACUGCUGUUCGUCCAUUCUCUUUGAUAUCAGUAACCUUACACUUGGACAAAAGCUGACAAAAUGCUUCAUUUCAGAUGAUGAGAAAAAUAAUGAGCUGUGGGUGGAGUUUAAGGUGACAGAAAGCUCCGAGAGCCCCAAGCCUUACUUCUCUAAUGGAGUGUUGAUGGCUGGUCCAUUCUGUGCACUUGACGUGAAGGCGGAAAAACUAAGGACUAAUGUGAAUAACAUGCUGUUAAAACUGAGAGGUGCAUUUAAGGAAGACUGUUUGAUCUCAGGCUCUGAGGAAAAUCUCAGCUUCUCACAAACUAUGCGCUACUACAUCAAUCGAGACCUGGAGACUGAAUUUAGUCUCAUGCCAUCACAGGAUGUGACAGAAGUGGAAGGUGCAAACGUGAAUGCUGUAAACCCUCUGUCCUCCAUCUUUAUGAAACAAAUACCAGCUAAAAAACAGUUCAAACUCUCUUUGCCUGUUGAAGAGGGUACAGUAGAUCUGCAAGUAAAGUCAGAGGAUCGUUCUAAUGAAGACAUGAAUGUACGUCUUGGUUUUGAUAUCCCGAUGGAAGAAAAUAAUUUUCUGGUAAAGAGGAGAAAAGUGGUGUCACAAGCGCUACAGAGAGCUCUGAAACUCACCUCUCCUCCUGAACCCAGCAAGGUGCCAGUGGUGGCUGUGGUGUGUUCUGGAGGUGGAACGAGGGCAAUGACGGGCACAUAUGGAAGUCUUAGAGGACUACAGAAACUCCAGCUUCUUGAUGCUGUCAGCUACAUCACAGGGGUUUCUGGCUCCACCUGGGCUUUGGCCUCUCUAUAUGGUGAUGCUGACUGGUCAAGCAGUGAUCUGAAUGUGACUAUGGAGUCUGUGAAAAAGGAGAUCUCUAAAAGUGUGUUCAGUUUAUUUUCACUAGAGCAGCUACGACACUACAAAGAAAAGAUGAAAGAGAAAGAAAAACAAGGACAUCUCGUCUCUCUCAUCGACAUGUGGGGUCUGGUUAUAGAGUAUCUUAUCCAAGGAAAGAAACAAAUGGUGACACUCUCUGAACAGCAGAAGGCACUCUUAAAGGGCCAGAACCCACUUCCAAUCUACACAGCUCUCAACAUGAAGAAUGGCAAGGCAGGAAGUACAAUAGAGUCUGAAUGGUGUGAAUUCACGCCAUAUGAGGUUGGAUUUCUCAAGUAUGGAGCCUUCAUACCUGCACAGAACUUUGGGAGUGAAUAUUAUCUUGGUCACUUGGUCAGGAAACUCCCUGAAACUGGAGUGUUCACUCUAUUGGGAAUAUGGAGCAGUGUUUUCUCUCUGAGUCUGACUCAGAUUUGGAGUUGUGUCACUGGAGUCAUCCCAUCCUGGGCUCACAAAAUUGGAGAAGACGUGACACAGACAGACACGGAUGAUAAAGCAUCAACGCUGGACACGCUACACAUCAGUCCUAUGACUGAAUUGGCAAAAAAACUGAGCAACUUUCUGACCAGCCGCCCCGUUAUCAGUCAAGCAAACAACUUUCUGAGAGGUUUCCACAUGCACAGGAACUACAGUCAGAACAGUGACUUCACCGCAUGGGAGGAAACCCAUCCAGAUGCUUUCCCUAAUUCUCUGACACCAGCCGACACUACAGUUGGACUCAUAGACUCUGCUGUUGUGAUCAAAUCGGGAUUUCCUCCAGUGCUUCGCCCUAAUAGACGUGCAGAUGUCAUUCUGUCUCUGAACUACGCUUGGGAUGUUGACCACUUUAAGCCCUUGAAACAAACUCAUGAGUACUGCAGAGAACGAAAGAUUCCAUUUCCAAGGAUAGAUUUCAAAAAGUUGGAGUCCGAGCCGAUGAAGGAAGUUUAUGUGUUUGAGGAUAAAGAAAAUCCAGAGGCUCCCAUAGUGCUUCAUUUUCCCCUGAUCAACAUCACAUUCAAACAGUUCAAGGCUCCUGGAGUGAAGAGAGAGGGUAAGACUGAGAUGAAGAAUGGAGAUUUUGACAUUGACUUCACCAGUCUCUCAAGUCCGUUUGCUACCUCCAGACUGACUUAUGCACCUGAGGACUUCCAGAAAUUGGCCGACCUCACCACCUACAACAUUGUAAACAACAAAGACAUCAUUUUAAACACACUGAACAAAGCCAUUAAGAAGAACAUGGAGUGAGCUUCUGUACACACACAGGUCAAUAUGUCUCAAUAAGAGUAGACCUGCAGCUAAGUUUUAACAUUUUUAAAGGGGUUUAGAAUUGAUCUGGAAUGUUCAGAUACUAACAGUAUAAAGCAGAGUAGAGAUUAAAUUUUCCUGAAACUGAAGUCCAGAAAGUAAUAAAUAUGAUCCAUCUGCUUGCUUUUACAUGUCUGGCCACUAGAUGGACUUUCUGGAGCUUCCUUAGAGCCAGGCUGUGUGAUGUUUUAUAAAUCUUCAGUUUACUAAAUUACAUUGGAGAAGCACUUUCUCCAAUGUAUUUUACAGUUUUUUGUUAAAUGUGACUGAUAAUUAUUUUCAUAUAAACUUUUCUCUGUUCAAAUGUAUUGGGUAUUUGUAAGGAAUUUUGGAGACUUUUUUGCACGGAUGACAUUACUUGAAUUUAUAUUUUGUAGAAAGUCCAUGAAAAGUUUUUGCAUUAUUGUGAAUUUCAGUGUACUUUUUAAAGGAUACUCUCAUAAGGUUUUACAAGAUAAAAUUAAAGAAUUUAACAUUAAUUGACAACAUAUUGUUUUAUUGGCUAAAUUUUGUGCUUAAUGUCUAUGACCUGUACAGACAAGACAUCUCCAGUAUUAACAGUUGAAAUAAAUUGCACAAUGGUACAA